AUUUCAAUAAAAAAUGACUGAAGAUAUCAACUUAGACAAUGUCAACAUUAAUUUAAUGUCACAAAUGGCAUCAAGGCAAUCUUCAUCAUUUGGAUCACGUUCAGAAAUUUUAAAUCCAGCACUAAUUUAUCCUUUUGCUCGAUCAAAACAAAAAAAUGGUCGGUCUGAUCAGUUUGAAAAAAUUUCUUUAUUAACUCUUCAUCAGGCUGCUCGUGAUGGUCAGUUUAAUAUGGUGAAAGAACACUUAAUGUCUUAUGGUAAAGAUAAAAAAAAAAUAAAUGCCAAAGAUGCAGAAGAAGCAUCAGCGUUACAUUAUGCAGUUCGCUAUGGCCAUUUCUCUAUUGUAAAGCUGCUUGUUGAAAAUGGUGCUAAUGUUAACAUCAAGGGUGAAUGUGGAGCAACUCCUUUGCAUUAUGCUGCGAGGUAUAUUGUUGAAAGAAGAAAAAGCUUACAGUACACUAACGAGCCAAGUUCUUUAACUAGUUUGACAAACAAUUUUACAAAGCCUUCACGUUCUUUUAUGAGCUUUGGCAAAGCAGAUAUUAAAAAAUCUCUCACAAAGAGUAUAAAGACUUACAAGAAAAAAAACCAACUUUUAAGUAGGAGAAAAACAAUACAUUGUUCUCUGGAAGGAAUCAACAAAUUUUUCAGAAAAAAACCACAACUAAAUGAACUUAGUAAUGACAGCUGUGACAAUGAAAAUAAAACUCGCUCAAAUUUCGAUAUGAUAGAUAGUAUAAAUCCUGAAAAAAGUUUUCAAUAUGGCUACGAAGAUAAUGAUAUUGAAUCUGAAAGCAAAAGACCAGUUGUCAUUAUCGGUAAGCUUAGUACUGAAGAACUGGUUGAUAUGAAAAGUGUAGAUGCAUUAAUUUUGCCUGCUUUAAAAAAUGUUAGCACAUCUGAUCCAAUGAUAGAAUCACUUUUAACAAAUGAAAAGUUUAAUGAACUUCACAGAAAAUCAUGUGGAACUAUUAAUGAGUUUACUGAAUUCUUGAAAGAUAAAUUUAUAAAAAAAAAAACUGCUGGUUUAGAGAGGAAACGAUGCAACAAAACUGUGGAAGAUUCUAUAUUGAAAUACCUCUUAGAACAAAAAGCAUCUGUUAAUGCUAAAGAUAUUUAUGGGUUAACCCCUUUACAUUAUGCUGCUAUUAGAAGCAACAUAAUUGCCACUAAAUUGCUAUUAAAUGAGCGUAAUAUUGAAAUUGAUGCCAUUGAUCGUAGAAAAAUGACAUCGUUGCAUUGUGCUGCUAGUGCAGGAUCUUUUUCUGUAUGUCGUUUACUCCUGGAUGGUGGUGCAGAUAUCUUCUGCCAGGGUGAAGAUGACAUGACUCCUUUGCAUUUAGCAUCAAUGGAAGGUCACUUAGAUAUUGUUAUGCUAUUGUUUGAUUAUGCAGAAAAGCAAGGUGGUGUCACCAUGUUAGCAAAGUUGAUUUUUUCUUAUGAUCGUGAUGAACAAACUGCAUUACAUCUGGCUGUUGAAAAUAAUCACACAGCUAUUGUUGAGUUUUUUAUAAAUAAAGGUGCUAAUGUUAAUCUUAUGAAAGCUAAUAUGACUUCUCCACUUCAUCUUGCUUGCACUUCUGGCUUGAUAGAAAUUGCAAAACUUCUUGUUGAAAAUGGUGCUGAUAUUGAGUCAAAAAAUUCUCUUCAAGAAACCCCAUUGCAUCGAGCUGCCUUGUUUAAUCGAGUAGAGAUCAUUCAAUAUUUAUUAUCAAAAGGAGCAUGUAUAGAUAUCAAAGAUAAAGAUAAUGAAACACCUUUAUUAAUGGCUAUGCGUAAAAACAAUUGGGAAACAGUGAAAUUGUUACUUGAUAACUCUGCUGAUUUAACAUUGAAAGAUGCAAAUGAUAAAACAUGCUUGUAUAUUGGUGCUGAAGAAAAUUCAAAAGAAUCGCUCGAAAUUUUGUGUCAACAUGAUAUAAAAAUGUUGUUAGAAGAGUUUGAUAAACAUGAACUUACGCCUCUCCAUAUUGCUGCUAAAGAGGGCCAUGAGAACAUUGUUCAGAUUCUUUUAAACCUGGGAGCUUGUAUUGAUUCAAAAAAUGAUGAAAAUCUCACUCCCCUACAUCUAGCAUCAAAACAUGGUCAUUACAGGGUUGUAGAAUUGCUUUUGUCAACCAAUUUAAGCAUAGUUAAUGAUGUUGAUGAUGCUUCAAACACACCACUUCAUCUUGCUGCAAUGGAAGGACAUGUAAAAGUUGUUGAAAUUCUCAUUAAAUCUGGUGCUGCUGUUGAUGCAAGAAAUGCAUCACUAUGGACCCCACUAGAUUGUUCAGCAUUUCGUGGAUGGAAGCAUUGUGCAGAGUUUCUUCUUGAUGCCGACUCUGUCAUCAAUCCCUUAGAUAAAUUCAAAAUAACUCCAUUGCAUUUAGCAAGCAAAGAAGGCCAUGUAGAAUUGGUGAAGCUUUUAUUAUCUAGAAAUGCUGAUAUUUCAAGGAAAGAUCAUAUGGGGAAAAACUGCUUAGAUUAUGCAAUCGAUAAUAAUCAAAGAGAAGUUGCGAUUGCUAUAUUGAGUAACGAAAACUGGAAAGUUGUGAUGCGCAAUUUGACAUUUGAGGGAAAUAAACUCACCACACCAAUGAGAAAAUUGAUUAAAAAACUUCCUGAUGUUGCUGAAAUUGUGUUCAACAACUGCAUUGUUGACAAUGGUUUACCGGAUGAACAUCCCCAAUUUAAACUUAUUUACACAUAUGAAUUUCUAGAGGAUAAUUUUACAUCAUGGGGCUCAAAUAGCAUAGAAUUUAUUGAGAAUCAAAGACAGAAUAUUAAAUCACUUAGUGAACCUGCAUUUAAAUCAUCUUUUUCAAAAUGCUUAGCUGAGAAAAUAAAUUUACCUGAUUAUUAUAUUAAAAAUAUGGAAAUUAAACAGAAUCAUCCAUUGAAGUAUAUGGUUCAAAAUGAACGUACAAGACUAUUAAGUCAUCCAUUGGUUACUUAUUUACUUAGAAGAAAGUGGAAUUCUUCUGGAAGAUAUGUAUAUUACACAAGGUUGUUUAUAUAUAUUAUCUUUCUCAUAUUUGUAACAUUUUAUGCAUUAUCUGUGCAUGAUGAUUGCAAGAAAAAUUGUGAUUGGAAGGUAAAUUAUGAUGUUAAAAGUUGUACAAACACAAGUAAUACAGUUCCCAGAUUAUAUCCAAGGUUUUUUAUUGAAUCUGGCAGAUACUUUAUUGUGGUAUUGAGUGGUAUUAGCUUAUUUAUAGAGCUGAUCAAAUUGCUUUCAGAACCAUAUCAUUAUAUACAAGUGCAUAGAUCACUAGAGUUAACAGUUUAUAUAAGUGCUCUUAUAUUUGUUUUGAAAUCAUUUAGAUGGAAAAAAAAAGAUUAUGAAGAAAGCUGCUCAGAGAUGUAUCGUGGAUUUGGAGCUGCUUUGGUGACAUUAUCUUGGCUUGUUUUAGUUUUAUUCUUGAGAAAGUUUCCAAAGCUUGGAAUUUAUGUUGUUAUGUUUACGCACAUUCUGAUUACAUUUGCAAAAUUUUCAGCUGUUUUUAUUUUAUUUAUUAUUGCUUUUGGAUUUGGCUUUCAUCUUUCAGUGUUUGAGGAAAGAAAGGAUGAAGAUAGUAGUACAAAUGCAUUUGAAACUGCCACACGCUCUAUGCUUAAAACAACAUUAGGAAUGUUAGGAGAAUUUGAAUAUGAUACAGUAUUCAAUACAUAUAACAAAACACAAAUUAAUAUUGCAUGGGCUGUUUAUGUUGCAUAUUUGGUAAUCAAUUGCAUCAUUUUGAUGAACUUAUUGGUUGGUUUGGCAGUAGAUGAUAUAAAAGGUGUUCAAAAAAAAGCUGCUUUACAGAGAUUAGCAAUGAUGGUUGAUCUUACAUUAGAUGUAGAGAAGGCUUUGCCAAUUUCAAUUCAAAAAAAACUUGUAAGGCUUGAAGAAUCUAUUUUACCUAAUGUCAAUAAAACAUGGAGUGUUUGGUCAUGCUGGUCAGAUUCUCCAUUGGUAAAGCCAUAUGAAAAGAGCAACAAUAAGCUAAGUAAAAAAGAACGUGUUCAAUUGAAAGAAAAUGUAAACAAUUUGCAGAUCAGAAUGAAAGCGAUGGAAGCCCAAAACAAUCGAAUGGAAGAAAUGUUGAAUGUAAUUGUGAAACAUCUAAAUAUUGGUUAAAUUUUAUUAUUUAAUUUUAGUUUUUAUUAUUUAUUCAUUUUUAUCAAUUCAAAUUAUAAUGAAAAAUUUUAAAAUGUAAAUAGUUAACCU